AUGGCUUGUAUUCAACACAGCAGAAAUGCUUUACGGCGAAUUGUUACUAAAGAAACUAACUUUAGGAGCUCUGAUGGUACCAUACAUCCAUUGUUUUAUGCUUGUCAAGGAGUUAGAUAUAGGAAGUUAGAAGUUAUUCUUACGACAAACAUAGAGAAGCUUGGGAAAGCUGGAGAGACAGUUAAGGUGGCGCCUGGGCAUUUUCGUAACCAUCUGAUGCCCAAAUUACUCGCUGUCCCUAAUAUCGACAAGUUUGCGUAUCUCAUCAGGGAGCAGCGCAAGAUUUAUCAACAUGAGGAAGAAGAAGAGGUGAAAGUAGUCGAAGAGACUAAGGGAGAUAAGAUGAAAGAAUAUGAAACAGCUGCAGUACGCUUAGGAAAAUCUCGGCUGGUUUUUAGGGUAGGGAUCAAUGCUGCAAAAUUUCGUGCCCGUGCAUCAAAAGAUGACCCAAUAGAAAUUCUUUCACCAGUGACAAAGGAUGAUGUUUUAAAAGAGGUGGUAAGGCAACUCAAUGUGCAAAUUGAACCUGACAACCUACAUCUUCCAUCACCUUUGACCACUUUGGGAGAGUUUGAGUUGCCACUACGCUUCCCAAAGUCUAUUCCGUUGCCAGAGGGAAAGAUUAACUGGACUCUUAAAGUCAAGAUUCGGGCCGAAGGCAACCUUAAAAUCCCAGACAUAACACCAAAACGGCAAAACUAG